UAGCGAAUUCGCCCAUCUCUAUCACACACGUAGUGGCUAAAAAAAAAGAAACCAGAUGAAACGCAAACUGUGUUAAAUCAAUAAAGAUAUAAUAGAACUCCUGAGGCUGUGGCUGAUUUUGGUGCUGUGCGUGUGUGAUAGCGACAGGAGGGAAUCCCCGAUUUCAGAAACCUUCAAUUUGGGCCAACCACCGCCGGCGGAAAUCAUGGAGGGCAGGGAGUCCAACGAGGUGUACGAUGACAUGAACCUGUACAUCACCCCGGAGAGCUUCAUUGUGGAGCCGAACGGAGAGCAGGAGGUGCUCGUUAUCGGGCGCCACGAUAAGGUCACCAGAGUUCAGCCAGCGGGCGGAGGUCAGUUGGCCAAUCUGCGGCCCACUAGGCGGAUUUGCGGUGUCCUCGGCACCAUACACUUGCUGAGCUGCGACUACCUCAUUGUCGCCACCCACCGGCUCUUCGUCGGCGUCCUCAAUGGCUCGAUUGUGUGGCGAUUAGCCGGCUAUGACAUCAUACCCUACAUUCCCAAUGCCAUUCAGCGCAAGGAGAACGAGACGUACUUGCGGCUGCUCCGCCAGACACUGGACACCAAGUACUUUUACUUCUCCUACCGCUACGACCUCACCAACUCCCUGCAGAGGCAGCGGGAAGUGGCCCAAUCCCGGCCAGAACGACGUGGUGGACUGCUGCAGCGGGCCGAGCAGCGAUUCGUUUGGAAUGGCUAUGUGCUGCGACAAUUCAACUGCGACAAGAUGGAGAAGUUCCAGCUGCCACUGGUCCUGGGCUUUGUGUCCAUCAACCAGGUCCAGAUCAACGGUCAGACCUUCUUCUGGAGCAUCGUAACCAGGCGAUCUGUGCAGCGUGCGGGCACAAGGCUCUUCUGCCGAGGCAGCGACGAGCACGGCCAUGUGGCCAACUUUGUGGAGACCGAGCAGAUAGUGGAGUUCAACGGACAGCUCACGGGCUUCGUGCAGACGCGCGGCAGCAUGCCCUUCCACUGGCACCAGCUGCCCAAUCUGCGGUACAAACCGCGACCUGUUUUGGUCCCUGGAAAGGAUCACCUGGCUGCCUGCACUCUCCACUUCAACGAACAAAUCCAGCUGUACGGCGACAAUGUGGCUGUGAAUCUGGUGGAUCAGAAGGGCGCCGAAGGAGAACUGGAAGCCACGUAUGCUCGUCUGAUCCGGGAAAUGGGCAAUCAACGAGUGCGCUAUGAAUCCUUUGACUUCCAUAGCGAGUGCCGGAAGAUGAGGUGGGACCGGCUCAACAUACUCAUCGAUCGCCUGGCCUACGAGCAGAAUCAGUUCGGUUUCUAUCACGUCUUCGACGAUGGCAAGCUGGUGUCCACGCAGACGGGCGUCUUCCGGACGAACUGCAUCGACUGUCUGGACCGCACGAAUGUGGUGCAGAGCAUGCUGGCCCGCAGAUCCCUGACGGCGGUUCUCCAGAAGCUGGGCGUGCUGCACGUGGGUCAGCAAGUGGAGCAGGCUUCCGCCAUCUUUGAGAGCCGCUUCAAGGGCGUGUGGGCGGACAAUGCGGAUCUGGUGUCGCUGCAAUAUUCGGGUACGUGCGCCCUCAAGACGGACUUCACCAGGACGGGCAAGCGGACCAAGGCUGGUGCUCUGCAGGACGGCAAGAACUCGCUGAUGCGUUACUAUCUGAACAAUUUCGCGGAUGGCCAGCGGCAGGAUGGUGUUGAUCUGUUCCUGGGCAAGUAUCUGAUCAACGACAAUGAGGGUGGCGCCGUGCCAUCACCGCUGGAUUCGAAGCGUGGCUGGCGCUUCUUCACCUUCCCCUCGGUGCUGCUGAUGGCCGUGGCCAUGUUCAUGAUCACCAUGACCUAUCCGGCCGAGUUCAGCACGGAGAACCUGCUGUUCAUGCUCUUCUGGGGCUCAAUGAUCGUCGUGAGUGCCACGGGAAUCCUGCACUACGGCGUCGAGUUCGUGCAGUGGCCGCGGCUUUUUCCGCCCAUCUCCUUUCGAGAGCCAUGACAUUAGUGUCGUCUAGCAGAGUCACUGGUCAGCAGACCUCUGCAGCAUAAACACAGCCACUUUUCUCCCAGAAAAUAUAUUGUAAACCAAUUCCUGUAAUCGUUUUGAAGUCCUCUCUAUUUCUAGCCCCCCGCUUUCUGUUUUCUGUUUAUUCUGUUUUUGUUUAGUUUUAAAGCCUCAAAAUCCAUUCCUUUCUACAACAUGUUAGUUAUUAUAAACAAACACACAACACUUAGGCGAGCUUCAGGCGCUUGAAAAUGGAUUUGAAUGGGCUUUCGGACGGGAGGGGAUGGAGUUGUCAAGGCGCCGCUUCUUAACUGCGAUUAAUUGCAAAGUAGAUCAAUCACUUGUGUAGAAACAUUUUAUGACAUUAAAUAAAGUAUUUUACGCAUUGCUAGAAAACCUCAA